AUGUGGCGGCUGGCGCGCGCCCGGCGCUGGGCGCCUCCUGCCCUGGCUGCCCCGCGGGCGGCGGCGAGCGGCGGCCCCGGCAGCUGGUACGAGAAUGUGGCGCGAUCGGCGCCGGUGCACUGGGCCGAGGAGGCCUUGUUAUCGCUGCAAGCGGCCGGCGAGCUGCCUUGGUGGGCCGCUAUCACCUGCGGCGCCGCCCUGCUCCGCACCGCUGUCACCCUGCCGCUGGCUGCGCACCAGGGCCGCCUCUUGGCCAAGCUGGAGAAUUUGCAGCCUGAGAUUAAAACCCUGUCGGAGCGUCUUCGCUAUGAAGUUUCUGUCCGUGGGAAGCAGAAGGGUUGGUCUGAGAAGGUGGCCAGGCUGCACUUCCAGAAGAACCUGCGGAGGCUGAUCACGGAGCUGUAUGUCAGGGACAACUGCCACCCCUUCAAGGCCACCCUGCUGCUCUGGGUGCAGGUCCCCAUGUGGGUUUGUGUGUCCCUGGCUCUGCGCAACUGCAGCCUCGGUGCCGCCGGCCCAGAAGUUCAAGAACAGCUUUCAGCAGGUGGAGCCUUGUGGUUCACAGACCUCACAGCACCAGAUUCCACCUGGAUUUUGCCAGUUUCUCUCGGGCUGGUGAAUUUGCUGCUAGUGGAGAUCUUUGCUUCACAGAAGAUGGAGGCUUCCAGGCUGCAGAAGCUUGCUACGAAUUUCUUUCGAGUGGUGUCUGUGGUGAUGAUCCCUGUGGCUGCCACAGUCCCCUCUUCCAUGGCCUUGUACUGGCUGAGCUCCAGCUUGGUGGGGCUCUCACACAACCUCCUGCUGCGCUCUCCAGCCUUCCGCCGCCUCUGCCUCAUCCCAAGGACCAAGUCUGAGUCGGACACUCCCUACAGGGACAUCCUGGCUGCCUGGGCUGCCAAGUACAGCUUCAGGAGGUGAUGGCACCUGGGCUGGCCCUGGGGUCUUGCCUGGGUAACCGAGGGGUGCUGCUCCCCUGGGCUGU